UCUCUGGUCUGGGGGGGGCGGCCCCGGUGUAGUGACCGCGCCAGGGCUCCGCUCUCCCUGACCGCCAGGCGCCCGGCCACCAGCGGCGUUUCGUCCCCCGCGCCCCGUGCGGUCACGGCGGUGACCGGCACUGAUCCCGGCCGCGCCCCGCGAGCAGAGGCCGGCGCUGCCUGCGGGCGCGUCGCGGCUGUAACAGGUGUCCCCUGACACCGCGCGGGGGUUGAGGGCCGCGGUCCCCGCCGGGCCAGUCUGACAGCGCUCUGCGCAGUCCGCCUCGCACCUUCCCACACCAACAAGGAAAAACGAUCUGGGAGAAAAUGACUGCAAUCAAGCAUGCCUUACAGAGGGAUAUUUUCACUCCAAAUGAUGAACGUUUAUUGAGCAUUGUGAAUGUGUGCAAAGCAGGCAAAAAGAAGAGAAACUGCUUUUUGUGUGCCACAGUGACAACAGAACGUCCAGUGCAAGUAAAUGUGGUCAAGGUGAAGAAAUCUGAUAAGGGCGAUUUCUACAAAAGACAGACAGCAUGGGCACUUCGAGAUCUUGCUGUUGUUGAUGCCAAAGAUGCUGUUAAAGAAAAUCCUGAAUUUGACUUGCAUUUCGACAAAGUGUACAAAUGGGUUGCCAGCAGCACAGCAGAAAAGAACACUUUCAUUUCAUGUAUCUGGAAACUGAACCAGAGAUAUCUUAGAAAGAAAAUUGACUUCAUAAAUGUUAGUGCCCAGCUUUUGGAAGAACUACCUAAAGUUGCAGAAGAAUCUGUUCCAAGUGGAGAAAAUCAGAGUGUAACAGGAGGAGAUGAAGAAGCUGUGGAUGAGUAUCAAGAAUUAAAUGCAAGAGAGGAACAGGACAUUGAAAUAAUGAUGGAAGGUUGUGAAUAUGCCAUUUCUAACGCUGAAGCCUUUGCAGAAAAGUUAUCCAGAGAGCUGCAGGUGUUAGAUGGGGCAAACAUCCAGUCAAUCAUGGCCUCUGAGAAACAAGUGAACAUCCUGAUGACGCUGCUGGAUGAGGCUCUGAAGGAAGUAGAUCAAAUUGAGCUGAAGCUGAGCAGUUAUGAGGAAAUGCUACAGAGUGUAAAAGAGCAAAUGGAUCAGAUCUCAGAAAGCAACCACCUAAUUCAUCUCAGCAACACGAAUAAUGUGAAGCUGCUGUCGGAGAUAGAAUUCCUAGUUAAUCAUAUGGAUUUGGCAAAAGGUCACAUAAAGGCCCUCCAGGAGGGGGAUCUGGCGUCUUCUCGAGGCAUUGAAGCCUGCACUAAUGCAGCUGAUGCCCUUUUGCAGUGUAUGAAUGUAGCUCUUCGACCAGGACAUGAUAUGCUUUAUGCAGUCAAACAGCAAAAACAGCGGUUCAGUGACCUACGUGAACAAUUUGCAAGGAGACUUGCCAGUCAUCUGAACAAUGUGUUCGUUCAGCAGUUUGCUCAGACCCUUCUUCAGCUCUAUAACAGGUCCUACUAUCUUUCGGUUUCUGGUCAUGACCAAAGUUCCACGCUUGCCCAGCACUCUAUUGAGCUGACAUUACCCAAUCACCAUCCCUUUCACAGAGACUUGCUUCGAUAUGCCAAAUUGAUGGAGUGGCUAAAAAGUACAGAUUAUGGAAAAUAUGAAGGGUUAACAAAGAAUUACAUGGAUUAUUUAUCACGGCUAUAUGAAAGAGAAAUUAAAGAUUUCUUUGAGGUUGCCAAGAUUAAGAUGACGGGCACAACCAAAGAAGGAAAAAAGUUUGCUACACUGCCUCGAAAAGAAAGCGCUGUCAAACAGGAAACAGAGAGUCUUCAUGGAAGUUCUGGAAAAUUGACUGGGUCUACCUCUAGCCUAAAUAAACUCUCCGUUCAGAGUUCAGGAAAUCGCAGGUCUCAGUCAUCCUCGCUGUUGGAUAUGGGAAACAUGUCUGCCUCUGACCUUGAUGUGGCUGAUAGAACUAAAUUUGAUAAGAUCUUUGAGCAAGUUCUAAGUGAACUGGAGCCCCUGUGUCUAGCAGAACAGGACUUUAUUAGCAAAUUCUUCAAGCUACAGCAGCAUCAAAGCAUGGGAACAACAAUGAAUGAAGUAGAGGAAAUGGAUGGAGGAACUUUAUCCCGGCCUCAUAAUUCUGGUGUUCCACAAGCUAUAUCAUCUGAGAAAGACAUGAUCCGACAGAUGAUGAUAAAAAUAUUUCGCUCUAUUGAGCCAGAGCUGAAUAACCUUAUAGCUCUGGGGGACAAGAUUGAUAGCUUUAAUUCCCUUUAUAUGUUAGUUAAGAUGAGUCACCAUGUAUGGACAGCACAAAAUGUGGACCCAGCUUCCUUCCUCAGCACAACACUUGGAAAUGUUUUGGUGACUGUCAAAAGAAACUUUGACAAAUGCAUUAGUAAUCAAAUAAAACAGAUGGAGGAGGUAAAGAUAUCAAAGAAGAGUAAAGUUGGGAUCCUUACAUUUGUUGCUGAAUUUGAAGAAUUUGCAGCACUGGCUGAAUCUAUUUUCAAAAAUGCAGAGCGUCGAGGAGAUUUAGAUAAAGCUUACAUAAAACUUAUAAGAAGUGUUUUCAUCAAUGAUCGGACAAAACCUUCCUGUAAGUCGACUCAGCUUUUCAUCUCUACAGCUGAUAGGAUAAAGGGCCUCCCAGUGUCCACACAGAGGAUUUCUGACAGGAUCAUCUCUUGCAUUCGGACCAGCUACGAGUUGGAGGGAGUCCCUCCACCACCGAUCAUCAGAGCCCACUUGACCAGAGCGCAGGCGUCUUUGGCAGCCUUCCUGGCACACUUCCCCAAUCCAGGACAUCUGUCAAGCCACAACAUGGACCUUGGUGCACAUGUUCACGGCCCACUACACCCAUCACUCAGCAGGCCAGUGGAGAAAGUAGCAAAUGAAAGCCAGAAAACACCCAGAGAUGUGGUCAUGAUGGAGAACUUCCACCAUAUUUUUGCAACUCUCUCUCGUUUGAAAAUCUCAUGUCUUGAGGCUGAAAAAAAAGAAGCUAAACAGAAAUACACUGAUCAUCUCCAGUCUUAUGUCAUCUACUCAUUGGGACAGCCUCUUGAGAAAUUAAAUCAUUUCUUUGAGGGUGUUGAAGCUCGUGUGGCACAGGGCAUAAGAGAAGAGGAAGUAAGUUACCAACUGGCUUUCAAUAAACAAGAGCUUCGCAAAGUUAUAAAGGAAUAUCCUGGUAAGGAAGUGAAGAAGGGAUUGGAUAAUCUCUACAAGAAGGUGGACAAACAUCUUUGUGAAGAAGAAAAUUUACUUCAGGUUGUAUGGCAUUCUAUGCAAGAUGAGUUUAUACGCCAGUACAAACACUUUGAAGGCUUGAUAGCUCGUUGCUAUCCUGGAUCAGGUGUUACCAUGGAAUUCACUAUCCAGGACAUCUUAGACUACUGCUCCAGUAUUGCACAGUCUCACUAACUUCUACAAGGGGAAAAGGCUUGAAAAAUAUCAAGUACUAUGAAUGUUACUUGCUUUAAGAAGAUGGAAUAAGAAGCAUAUGUAUUCUUAAAUGUUCUAUAAAUGUCUAGUCAUAUUUCCAUCUUGGGAUAUAUUUCAAUGCAGAAUGAAAUGCCUAAAUAGCAGUGUUGCUUUCCUGCACAGUUGAAGCACUGUUUUAAAGCAUUAAAUUCAUGAAACACUUAAUAUUUAAUUUUUCUCCCACUGGUGCCCUGUUUUUUUUUACAAUUGUAACUCUUUCUUGCUAACAGCAAUUACCUUUGUAUAUUCUUAGCACCUUGAAAGGACACUACAGUCAUCUGACUUCACACUACUACUGUGCAUGCUGGUAAUUAUGUAACCAUUAAAAAGAUUGUACAGAAUUAGGUUUUUUCUGCCUCAAGCUGUAAUAUAUAGAUGUGGAGUUCGUCAAUGAAAGUACUAACUAAAUUCAUGUUUUGAGAAUUAAUGUCACUGUCUGUAGCUGUAACUCUUCUGAUCUUAAGUAAAAAUAAUCUUUCAAAUAUGAUGUCCUAUAAA